GGCCGGGGCGUCCGCCCAGCCGCCGGCCCGCUGGAGGGUGGAGCUGGUCACAAUAAUGUUGAGCGCCAGCCCCCUGGAGAGCCUGAAGCUGCAUGUCAGCAGUCGGCCCCCCCUGGUGGUCUUCAUGAUCAGCGUGAGUGCCAUGGCAAUAGCGUUCCUGACCCUGGGCUAUUUCUUCAAGAUCAAGGAGAUCAAGUCACCUGAAAUGGCAGAGGAUUGGAAUACUUUUCUGCUGCGGUUUAAUGAUUUGGACUUGUGCGUAUCAGAAAACGAAACACUAAAGCAUCUAUCAAAUGACACCUCAACUCCGGAGAGCACAAUGACCAGUGGGCAGUCCAAAGUGUCCACUCAGUCCCCCCAGACCCUGGAGGACUCAGGCCCAGUUAACAUCUCAGUUGCAAUCACCCUAACCCUGGACCCACUCAAACCCUUCGGAGGCUACUCUCGCAACGUCACCCAUCUGUACUCGACCAUUUUAGGACAUCAGAUUGGACUUUCAGGCAGGGAAGCCCACGAGGAGAUAAACAUCACCUUCACGCUGCCUGCAGCUUGGAGCUCAGAUGACUGUGCUCUUCAUGGUCACUGUGAGCAGGUGGUGUUCACAGCCUGCAUGACCCUCACAGCCACCCCUGGGGUGUUCCCUGUGACCGUGCAGCCACCGCAUUGCGUUCCUGACACUUACAGCAACGCCACACUCUGGUACAAGAUCUUCACAACAGCCAGGGAUGCCAACACAAAAUAUGCUCAAGAUUACAAUCCCUUCUGGUGUUACAAGGGGGCCAUCGGAAAAGUCUACCAUGCUUUGAAUCCCAAGCUUACAGUUAUUGUUCCAGAUGAUGACCGUUCACUAAUAAAUUUGCAUCUCAUGCACACCAGUUACUUCCUGUUUGUGAUGGUGAUAACCAUGUUUUGCUAUGCUGUUAUCAAAGGCAGACCCAGCAAAUUGCGUCAGAGCAAUCCUGAAUUUUGUUCUGAGAAGGUAGGUGGCUUUGGCUGAAGCCUGAUCCCGCAGCUUCCAGUUUUCUGAGAGAGACUGAGAACCAUAAUGAUUGCCUGCUGAACCCAGCCAGGGCCUGGCCACUCUGUGAAUACAUGAUCUUGCAGCGUUGGGUUAUUCCAGCCAAAGACAUUUCAAGUGCCUGUAACUGAUUUGUACAUAUUUAUAAAAAUCUAUUUGGAAAUUGGUCCACGAUGCACGUGCUUGGCACUGGGUGCAGCUGGAACUCUUCAGCCUCACCUGGGGGGCCUGUGGACUUGGGAUAGAUAUGCAUAACACUAGAUAGCUCCUGUGUCCUGAUGCAGGGGAACAAGUCCUGGUGUUUUUAACCAAGGUCACAGGCAUCUCACUGCUGGUGGGGUUGAGGUUUGCUUUGGUUCUUGUUUCAGCCCAAUGUGUACAGAAUGUUUGAAACAGUCUGCACCUUUGAUAUGAUACUGCAUUUCCAAAGCCACCAAUCCAUUUUGUGGAUUUUGUGUGUCUGUGGCUUAAUAAUUAUAGUAACAACAAAGAUACCUUUUACUUAAUUUUGCUUGCAAGGAAGCAUACCUAUCUUCUGUUUUUGUUUUUGUUAUUUUUUUUAAAGAAAAAAUAAAAUAGUCACAUUUUAAUACUACUCUAGUUAGGACAGACUUGUACUUUUAUCUUGAGUAAAAAGUGAAAUAUUUAAAAAUCACCUAUAUGGUAAAGAUCUAAGUUUCAUUUUCCAUGUGGAUGGUGAGGAACCUGGUUUUCCAGUUGGCACAGAAUGUUCUACUGUCUUUUUUCCCUUUGUUGCUCCUUCCCUCUGCAUAAAAGUUAAAGCAGCUUCCUCACUCAGAUAGCUUACAAAUUUAAGUAAGAGGUCCUAGAGUAGAGUGACAGCUCGCUGCUCUGCUUCUGGCCUGCAGACAGUGGUACAGGAAGAGAGAAUGAAACGUAGUGGUCAGGAAAGGGUUUCUUGUUUGUUUUUGGAAAUGAGAUUCAUUUUUGGUUUCCAUUUAUUUUUAUAUAACCAACACAUCUUCAGGAGGAGAAAGGCAACUACUAUAUCGUGAAAACCCCGCCUGUGAAAUUUGAAGGGGUGCAGUUUUGAUUUGCUUUUGGUCAAGGAGGACCAGAAAUGUUUGAUUACCUAUUUCCUCUGUCCCUUUUGCCCUCUGGUCCUCCAACAUUUAAACAGAAACAGAAGUGUGCAUUAUUUUCUCCAGUCCCUGUUGGUAUGUUGUUGCUGUGUUUCUCAACAAAUCUGCCUUAAUAACUCAUUGUCGUUGAUGACUUCUGUGUCCUCCCAGGCACUGUCAUAGCAGAAGGGCAGUUAAAACCGUGGACAGGACCACCAUUUCUUCUUUCCCUUCACUUUAGGUCUGAGGUCUGUUCUAAGUUAGAAUUAGUUCCUGCAGCCUGAAGUUCAUUGACCCAGAACAUUUUAUACCAGGCCUUUUUGAAUGGAAAACAGUUGUGGGCUUUUAUCGAGAUUGUUAAAAAAUAAUCAUUGUAGCUAUUUGAUAUGUUAGUAUUUCUUCUUUUUUUUUUCCUUUUAGUACAUUUCAAGCACAGUAACAGUUUUUGUCUAUACAGUUUUUAUUUUUAUUUUUUGGUAUGAUGUGAGUUGCUUACAUGAUGGAUGACUAAUUUGUUAAUUUAGUUUUUUCUUGAGAGACUUUGAGAGUGUAAUGAGACAAGAUUGAGAAAGAGCCAUUUGGCCAGGCCUUUAGAAAUGUCAGUAUCAUUAGAACCAUCCUAUUUUAGAUUAAACUGCUACUGAAUUAAUAGAAUCCCAAUGAAGUGGAGUUGUAGGGAUAGACUCAUAACUGGCAGAGUAAUGUAGAAGAAAAAAGACAAGUGAAAAAGGUCAGUUUCACUGCUUUGUUCCAUCUAGCUAGUUGCCAGUGUUAAUUGCCCUUGCUUUAAUUACAGGGAGUGCUGGAAUCUGUAACCAGGGGAGGGACACGUUAGGCAUGGGGAGAGAAAGUGCCAGAAGUACUUGGGCAGUAUGUCUUGUCCUGAGGCCAGACAUACACUUUAAAAUCCAGCAUUCACCACAGCAGGUAAUUCUCGAAGAUUUAAAGCAACACAGGCAGGUGUGUGAAGGAAGGCUGGGGAAGAGGAGAGGCCCUGGGCCCUGGGCCAAGAGCCUUUCACAGACCCUCAGGAAGUUAGGGGCCUGUUACUGUUGGGGUGCAUGCAUUCAAGGCUCAGUCCUCAGCUUCCUCUUGCUGCUGGUGGACUCAGUAUUAGAAGGGGUCAUAGAUGGGGCCCUUUGCCAUUCAGGGGCAGCAGCACUGGCUUGUCCUUGGGCAUCUUGGACUGGAGGUCCAUUCAGAGGUCAGCAACUUACUGUUAAAAUGGUUGUUCAGAUCAUAUUGAUCUCUUUCCUUUCCCUUUUGUCCUGUCACUGUAUGACUCGAAUCAGUUUUGAUUCUAUUUGUAAGUUUUCUCAUCGUUAGGAACCUGCCAUUUCUGCUGCGUGUUCUCUGGCGGUGGGUCAGGAUUCAGCAUACUGGUUUUCAGCCCUCCUGCAGGCACUGGGGUCAUGAGGGCCAGCGGAUCCACUUCACUUAUCUUGCUGCAUGAUGGUCAGAAGCUGAUCUGUUAUGGCAUUCAACUCCCUGGUUAAUUUUCUGUGUUUGAAGUAUGUGCAUAUGUGCUUUACAGAAUAAAACAUCUGAAUUUA